CUCUCUCUCACACACACACACACACACACAGACACACACACACUAUGGCGCUAAAGUAUAAAUACAAACAGCUGUUUGUAUUUUUAUGCACAAUCGCACAUUCACACAUUUCACCACACUUCGAAAUCCAGAGAAUCGAGAGAAAAAAAGUAAAGAAGGCGUACGAGUUGAGAUCGAAGGAAGAGAAAAGCAAAGAGAAACCAUGGAUAACCGUUUGAGGAAGGAACAGGAUUUGAAGGAACUAUUGAUGGCUGAUUUUAAGGUGGAUACGCCUGCUGAUGAUAUGAACGUGCUCUUCGUGAAGUUCCAUGGACCCAAAGACAGUCCUUAUGAAGGAAGAGUUUGGAUGGUAAGGGUGGAUCUGGCAGAUGAUUAUCCAUUUACGGCUCCUUCGAUUGCCUUUACCGACAAGAUUUACCAUCCAAAUAUCCAUGAGCGGUCUGGCGCUGUCUGUUUAAAUGUUAUCAACGAAGACUGGACACCCGUAACUAGCCUUUUACAUGUGUUUCAAGACUACAUUCCACAACUUCUCAUCAACCCAAAUCUUGAUGACCCUAUGAAUGUACAAGCUGCAGUUAUGAUGAUUAACUACCCCGCGGCGUACUAUCCGUUUGUUAAAGACCAUUGCCAGAAACAUGCGAUGCCUGCUGAGGAGAAUAUAUCUAGUAGUGAAAGCGAGGUGAGUGUAGAUGAACGUAGCUCCAAAGCUGGAAGUACCGAUGAUGAUGAGGAGAGGAAAGCUGGAAAUACCGAUGAUGAGGAGAGGAAAGCUGGAAAUACCGAUGAUGAGGAGAGCAAAGCCGGAAAUACCAAUGAUGAUGAGGGCGGCAAAGCUGGAAAUACCAAUGAUGAUGAGGAGGACAAAGCUGAAAAUACCAAUGAUGAUGAGGACAAAGCCGGAAAUACCGAUGAUGAUGAGGAGAGCAAAGCUGGAAAUACCGAUGAUGAUGAGAGCAAAGCCGGAAAUACCGAUGAUGAGGAGGGCAAAGCUGGAAAUACCAAUGAUGAAGAGGACAAAGCUGAAAAUACCAAUGAUCAUGAGGACAAAGCUGGAAAUACCGAUAAUGAGGAGGACAAAGCUGGAAAUACCGAUAAUGAGGAGGACAAAGCUGAAAAUACCAAUGAUGAUACGGACAAAGCUGGAAAUACCGAUGAGGAGGGCAAAGCUGGAAAUACCGAUGAGGAGGGCAAAGCUGAAAAUACCGAUAAUGAGGAGGGCAAAGCUGAAAAUACCGAUGAGGAGGAGAGCAAAGCUGAAAAUACCGAUGAGGAGGAGAGCAAAGCUGGAAAUACCAAUGAGGAGGAGGGCAAAGCCGGAAAUUCCGAUGGUGAGGAGAGCAAAGCUGGAAAUUCCGAUGAGGAAGAGAGCAAAGCUGGAAGUACCAAUGAUGAAGAGGGCAAAGCUGGAAGUACCAAUGAUGAAGAGGACAAAGCUGAAAAUACCGAUAAUGAGGAGGACAAAGCUGGAAAUACCGAUAAUGAGGACAAAGCUGGAAAUACCGAUAAUGAGGACAAAGCUGGAAAUACCGAUAAUGAGGAGGACAAAGCUGAAAAUACAGAUAAUGUGGAGGACAAAGCUGGAAUUACCGAUAAUGAGGAGGACAAAGCUGGAAAUACCGAUGAGAAGGAGGGCAAAGCCGGAAAUACCAAGGAUGAGGAGGGCAAAACCGGAAAUACCAAGGAUGAGGAGGGCAAAGCUGGAAAUACCAAGGAUGAGGAGGGCAAAGCCGGAAAUACCGAUGAGGAGAGCAAAGCUGAAAAUACUGAUGAUGAGGAGGGCAAAACUGGAAAUACCAAUGAUGAGGAGGACAAAGCUGAAAAUGCCAAUGAUGAUACAGACAAAGCUGGAAAUACCGAUGACGAGGAGGGCAAAUCUGGAAAUACCGAUGAGGAGGACAAAGCUGGAAAUAAAGAUGAUGAGGAGGGCAAAGCUGGAAAAACCGAUGAUCAGUAAAAUUGACUAGUCGAAAAAGGUGAUCUGAUAAUGGUUGUUGAUGUGAAUAAUAUACUGUGAAUCCCCCAUCCCACCCCACAUAUAUCCUAUAAAUCAUUCCUUUGCAGUUCAAAAAAACUGAAGUAGUGAGUUCUGUUACUUUUUAAGGUACUAAAAACCAGAAUUGCGUGGCAUUUUUAGUGCAUAUACGGCCACUAAUGCGAAUUUUGAUCGAUUUUUUUUUUUUU